AUGUCUUCGAGCUCCAUCAGCAAGCGGAUCUACAUUCCCAAGUUCUACGCUGAUGUGAACAUCCAUAAGCCCAAAGAAUACUACGACUACGAUAACUUGGAGCUGCAAUGGAACAAGCCGAAUCGGUACGAAAUUAUGAAGAAGAUUGGGAGGGGCAAAUACAGCGAAGUGUUUAACGGCUACGACACGGAGUAUAACAGGCCCUGCGCCAUUAAGGUACUUAAACCAGUAAAGAAAAAAAAAAUAAAGAGAGAAAUCAAAAUUCUGCAAAACUUGCAUGGAGGCCCAAACAUCAUCAAGCUACUAGACAUAGUCAAAGACCCAGUCACCAAAACGCCUUCACUCAUUUUUGAAUACAUUAAUAAUAUAGACUUCAAAACGCUGUACCCUAAGUUCACCGAUAAGGACAUACGCUAUUACAUAUACCAAAUUUUGAAGGCACUAGAUUACUGCCAUAGCCAGGGCAUCAUGCAUAGGGAUGUGAAGCCACAUAACAUUAUGAUUGACCACGAGAAUAAGCAAAUUAGACUCAUCGAUUGGGGGCUAGCUGAGUUUUACCACCCGGGGCAGGAAUACAACGUGAGAGUAGCCAGCAGAUAUUACAAAGGACCGGAACUUCUAAUAGAUCUACAGCUGUAUGAUUACUCUCUAGACAUUUGGAGCUUAGGAUGUAUGCUGGCUGGGAUGAUAUUUAAAAAGGAGCCUUUUUUUUGUGGCCACGAUAACUACGAUCAGCUUGUUAAGAUUGCCAAAGUGCUAGGCACUGAUGAUCUUCAUGCCUACUUAAAAAAAUACAACAUAAAAUUGAAGCCCCAUUAUUUAAACAUCCUGGGGGAGUACGAGCGCAAACCCUGGUCCCACUUCCUCACGCAGUCAAACAUUGACAUUGCCAAGGAUGAGGUGAUCGACCUCAUCGAUAAGAUGCUUAUAUACGACCACGCCAAGAGGAUCGCCCCCAAGGAGGCCAUGGAGCACCCCUACUUCAGCGAGGUCCGCGAGCAGUCCUGAUGGGAAGGAGGCGUGCAAGCGAGCAAUAGUGCAAGAGUGCAAUAGUGCAGACGUGCAAGCGAGCAAACGUGCGGAUAUCCCGAUCUUCCCACGUGCUAACGUGUCACCACCGUCGGCCUAGCCCGGGCCAGCGCUCCCCAUUUUUGUACAACACACACUGUUAUAAUAUGAACACAAGUUCGCCUUUUUUUUUUUUUUCUUUCCUUUUCCUCCUUUUUUCGCACCCAUUUUUGUGCCCCGUGCGUACCCCCCCUUGUAAAGGCCUGGCCCAUUCCCCAACGCAGCAGUGCAAAGCGAGCGCACAUGUGGCAUGAUUUCCCAAGUGGGUACUUCUCCCCGGCAAGC